AUGGAUCCUGUACUUAUCGUGGGCGCCGGCAUUGUCGGUCUGACACUUGGCCAAGCCUUGAAGCAAAAGAACGUCCCUUUUGAAAUAUACGAGCGCGAUGCAAACCCUGAAGCGCGCGGUCAGGGUUGGGCCAUCACCUUGCACUGGGCCCUGGAGUAUUUGGAAAAGAUGUUGCCCGAAGAAACCCUGGCGCGUAUCCAAGAUGUACAAGUUGAUCCAGAUGUCGCACGCAAUGACAGCGGGAAUUUUCUGUUCAUCAACCUUGAAACUGGACAGCCGAAAUUCAAGAUUCCUCCUAAUCGGAGAUGGCGUGUGAAUCGGGAAAAGAUGCGCCGCGCUUUGCUACAUGGUAUCGAGGAUCAUGUUCAUUGGGGACGACGCGUGGUAGGUCUGAACACUUCGGAAACGGAUCGAGUACAACUAUUAUUCGAUAAUCAAGCCACUGUAAAAGGAAGCCUUGUUGUUGGUAUCGAUGGCAGCCGCUCCAUGAUCCGACAAGUUCUUCGACCAGACGCCUUCGAAAAUGUACCUCUUGGAAUUAAUUUCACAGGAGUCGCUGUGGACUUUACCUCAGAGGAGAUCAGACCAUUGAAAGAGAUGGAUCCAUUGCUCUUUCAGGGAUGUUAUCCGCCCACUGGAACUUUCUUCUGGUUCUCGAUGCUGGAGACACCACAGAUCAACGGAACGGCAGGGACGAAAAAUGAACGAUACCGAGCACAGAUUUGCAUGUCCUGGUCGGAGAGAGGGCCAGAAGACAAAGUAGGAACUACCGACGAGGAUCGCUUGGCAAACAUGAAGCAGCGAGCGCAAGGAUUUGUGCCAUUCCUUCAACGGGCAGUCGAUCGGAUUCCGGUGGGAACACCCGUCACAGAAAUCAAACUCGCGGACUGGGAGUGUCUUGGUUGGGACAAUCUGAGGGGGCGAGUUACUCUAGCAGGAGAUGCCGCCCACGCUAUGACGAUGUAUCGUGGGGAGGCCGCUAACCAUGGUCUGCUGGAUGCCUACCGUUUGAUGGAGGCUAUUGAACAAAUAUAUAAUGGCUCUGCGAUCGCGUCUGUGGCGAUUGAUCGUUGCGAAAGGGAAAUGAGGGAUCGCACGAGUCAUGCAGUUCGGCUAAGCCGCCAGGCAUGCCGAGAUGCGCAUGACUGGGGAAGACUAGAUGAGACAUCAGCUAUAUUGACCAAGAGAGCUAUAUUUGUUAAGUGA